UGAUAGCCAUACAUGCAAUAUUUGUCUAUAAAUAUUUUAGGGCUCUUAUCAAGACUACAUAUCCAUGUUGUUAGGUUACACAGCGUUAUCUGCCCUUCUCAAGAUGUCUCACAGAAAGGACAGUAUGAUUAGUGCUUUCGUCCUGCUUAUGAUGGCCACUGGGGCGAGAGCAAUUGAGUGUGGUAAAGAUGAUAACCCCUGCAAGAUCCAGCUGGUGGUUGACCCCCGACUGACCAUGAUGGACGGGUCAAGGCGAGUCAUGCCUUCAAAUGGAGGCCUUCGCUACUAUAAUGAAACAGUACCUAUUCUGGAUACAUCUGUAUUGGACAGGGUUCUUACAGCUGACGGCGUCUAUGCCCGCCUGGUCAUCAGCGUCAACGGACAGUUCCCUGGUCCAGAGCUCAUCAUGUAUGAAGACCAGAAUGUUGAGGUGUCUGUAACCAAUGAGCUGCACACAGACAGUGUCACGGUUCACUUCCAUGGCAUACACCAGCGGAACACACCCUGGAUGGACGGCGUCGCCUACAUCACCCAGUGCCCCAUCCUGCCCGGGGCUACGUUCACCUACAAGUUCAAGGCUUCACCAGCUGGUACCCACUGGUAUCAUUCUCACAUUGGAGACCAGAGAAGCAUGGGGCUCUAUGGUCCUCUGAUUGUCAAGAAGCGAGAGUCGCCACCAAAUAUCAUCGACAAACACAUCAUCAUUAUUCAGGACUGGAACCACGACAUGGACCCAGAAACAGCGUAUCAGAAAAUGAUAUAUGGCAUCUAUAACUGUGAUGAGAAAUCUACAAAGUGUGAAAGAUAUCAAGAGACAGGCACUAUUGAUGGAGCGUUGUUUAGCCGAUUUGAACUGCACACUGGACUCAUCAAUGGAAGAGGAAGAUACCAUUACGGGCCACGUCUGCAGGAUCACAAUGGCGCACCUCUUACAAGAUUUGAAGUGGAUGCAAAUAUGACAUAUCGCUUAAGAGUGAUCAGUGCUACAACUCUCUACCCCUUCCGAGUGUAUGUGGCUGGUCACCCUAUCACUAUAAUUGCUUCUGAUGGAAGAGAUCUGAAACCAAUUCCUGUGGACUCCUUUGUUAUUCAGAGUGGUGAGCGGUACGACUUCUACUUAGAAACUAAUCAACAAGUAGGAGAUUACAUGAUUGUGGCCGAGUCGUUAGAGGUGAACAAAAACAGUAUGCAUAUCGCAGAGGCUAUUCUUCGUUAUUCACGUCCUGCAGAUGACUCCACUAACAAUAAACUGGUAUCAAGUGAGAGAACAUGCAGUAAGUUACAGCCAUGUCUAAUAUUUAACUGCCCAUACCGAUACUACCCUGCAAAUCAGUACCGUAACUGCUCUACAUACAAUUUCGCUUCUGGAAUUGAGGACGAUAAGGACAGAGAUGAAAUCUUGAAGGAGAAACAGAUCAAACAGUUCUUCCUGAACUUCGCCUUUCCCGGAGAAGCAGGCAACACUCCUGGGUCUGUCAAUGGGCGACAGUUUGUGUCGCCUAAGGUAUCAGCUUUGACUCAACCUUCACAGGUCCAUGCUGCAUGUUCCGACCUGGGUGACAAAUGUGGAGCUGACAAGAUAUGUAGCUGUACAUACACUAUAGAUAUCAGCGAAGGUGACAUUGUGGAGUUGAUCCUCUUCAAUAUGGGGAAGGGCAGAGGUUGGUCUCAUCCUGUUCACAUCCACGGCCAUUCAGUAUACGUCUUGGCGUACGGGUUCCCCCAGUAUGAUACAGCAACCGGCAUGAUUCGAGAGGAUAGUGAUGACAUAGAGUGCGAGGACGACUACUGCAAUGUUGCUAAAUGGAGAGGAAGACAGAAGCGGCAAACAAACGUUCAACGAAACUCAACAAAGCGGAUCCCUCCUCUGAAAGACACAUUGAUUGUUCCAAGUGGAGGCUAUGUCAUUACACGGUUCAAGGCCGACAACCCCGGGGUCUGGUUCCUCCACUGCCAUAUUGACCUGCACAACACCAAUGGAAUGGCGAUGGCAAUCAAUGAAUCCUUCUCCAAACAUCCAAAACCUCCAGCAGGAUUCCCGGUCUGUGGGGAUUACACAGAUUUCAAACUACCACCAGUGUCCGGCGCUGAAGGCCCGCUUCUUUCCCUCGAGACGGUCCUUGUGCUGGUCCUGAUGGGAGCUGACAAGUUGAUGCCAUGGAGUUACUGAUACCAUUAUCAUCAUCAACAGAUUUUUACAGAUUUCCAUGUCAAAUAUUCAAGGCAUUAUUAGUUAUUACAUAAACAAUCACGAUUUUACCAACAAAAGUCAUGUCACACCCAAGGUACCAUCUAUAUGGAUAUUUUGUUAAACAUUUGUACAUUUUUUCCACAAAGAUAUAUCAUGAUAAUCUA